UUUGUACACAUUUUUCAGAAACAAACAUGGCGGGGAAGAAAGCAGUGAAAAUUUUUAGAAAUAGAUUGAGAUAAGAAAUCCUACGCUCUGUCUUCCUUGCAUGACGCGCAAGAGUUUUGAAAAUGACAACAAGGCUAGACAGGCUUUUGCUAUUAUUAGAUACGGGCUCGACACCCGUCAUAAGACGAACUGCUGCUCAACAACUCGGCGAAGUCCAGAAAUUGCAUCCACAUGAAUUAAAUAAUUUACUAAACAGGGUUCACGUUCAUUUGAAGAGCAGUAACUGGGACACAAGAAUUGCAGCUGGGGAGGCCAUUGAAGCCAUUGCAUCGAAUGUACCAAAGUGGGAACCAACUGGUCUUGUUGUCAAAUCCGAACAAGAUGUUGCUUCAUCAGAAUCGUGUUCAGGAAAAGAUAUUCUUAUGUUUGAUAAAUUUGACAUCACACAUGUAUUAAGACAUGGUGAGGCCUUGCUCGGCUCGUCUGGCCAAGAAUACGACGUCUUCGAUGAAGAAUUGUUAGGACUGGAUGUCAAGGAACGACUAGCACGUCAGCAGCAGUUGCUACGGCAACGUCUCGGCAUGGUCCCAGGCCUCGAGACGGGCAUGGAGAGCCUACUGAACGAUGACGAUAUAUUACCAGCCCACAAUGUUGCCAAGAAGACCGUACAAAAACAACUGUCGAAAGAGAGCCAGUCGACAGCGGAGCUUGUUGCAGCCGAGAUUGCGGCCAUAAGCUCUUCGGCUGAUAUGAGCUCGCGCGAGAAAAAUCGAGCAAAAAGAAGAGCCAAGAUUUUAGCGAAACAAAGAUCGAAAGAAAACAAUUCUCCCGUUCCAGGAAAUGUUUCCAAAGAAGAGAAAGACGGGCCGCCAGAGAAGAAGAUGAAACAUACGUCACAAGUGGUCGUUGAUCAGCCUGAAGAUCCUGAUAAGAUUGUGGUCGAUUCUGUCAGAGAUACGACGUCAUGGAUUGAAGAGGAAGUUGAGUGGCCGUUUACAACUUUUUGUCAGGAACUUUGCCAUGAAAUCUUUCAUCCAUCUUGGGAGGUCCGCCACGGGGCUGCGACUGGUUUGAGACACAUCGUGAGAAUUCACGGAACUGGUGCUGGUAUGAGAACAGAUAUGCCCGCUGAAGAGAUGCCUACGGCCAAUGAAUUAUGGCUUGAAGAUAUGUCCUUGAAGUUGUUGUGUGUGUUUGCCCUGGAUCGUUUUGGAGAUUUUGUCACGGAUGAAGUGGUAGCACCAGUGCGGGAGACUUGUGCCCAGACCCUUGGAGUGGUUGUGAAGCUAAUGAACCCGACAGCCGUGAAAAGUAUCUUGAAAAUAUUGCUGACGUUGCACGCUCAGAACGAGUGGCAAGUUCGCCAUGGCGGUCUCCUGGGCAUCAAGUACUUGCUGGCCGUCCGAAAGGAUAUGACACGUGAACUACUACCGGUUGUAUUAUCGCCGCUGAUUGGUGGACUCGAAGACUGUGAUGAUGACGUCAGAGCGGUGUCGGCCACCGCCAUGUUGCCCGUCGUCGAUCAGAUGCUCAGCAUGGGUGAUAAGAUUCCGACAAUUCUGUCGAUACUCUGGGACUCGUUAUGCCUCUUGGACGAUCUCUCAGCAUCGACCAGCAGCAUCCUGAUGUUGUUAGCCGCCAUUGUAUCUUCCUCUGGUUUGCAUUCAGAAGAGGCCAUCACUGGAAAGCGUGGCGUCUCUUUGGACAGCGUUGUACCGAGAUUAUGGCCCUUCCUAAGGCAUAAUAUCUUCUCCGUAAGAAAGGCGACCUUGCAGACGUUGAAAAUCAUUUUGGAGGCUUACAGAAAACGUUUAAACCAAGCAACGACGACGCAGCCAUGUUGGUUGUCCCCAAUCCUCGAACCUGCCAUGCGCCAUUUCUUUGAGCGUUUCUUGGUGGAACAGGACGGACAACUGUUGACGUUACUACACGAGGUGUGGAGACACACAAUCGAAUGCGUUCAGGAGAGACAGCUUGCUGUCGUUACGUCCCAUUGGAUAAAUAUUUGGUUGUCAAUGGCGAUGUACCCCAAAUCAGCCGCAUUUAAUCCGGCGUGGAUCAUUAGCGCUCCAGUUCAACUCAAGGAGGGUUCUAAGAAAUCUGUUACAACUGAUCAUAUUGGUGGAAUUUUAGUUGGCAAAACCCAGUCAGAAGUCGACUCUCUUAUUCUGCAAUCAAGACACACUUCGUCACGAGCGUUGGGUUUCCUCGGGUAUUAUUUGAGCUCCGUUGGCAGUGAGGGUUGCUUAGCGACGCUGGAUCUGUUUGUCCAAUGUUUGCACGGAGCGCUGAUGUCCACCUCGUGUUCUCAACACAUGGUUGCCGCUAUGACCGUAACGGAAUGGGCCUCGCUUGAUAAGAGUUGUAAUCAUUUGUCAUCACUUGCUCCCAAACUAAUCGAAAAUCUCACCGCACAAGUUGUUUACGACGAAGUUGGUGUGUUGUUUACGAGGUUACAAACUGAUUCUCAGAGUUUACAGAUUGCUUUCCAAGAUAAAGGGAUCAAUACGUCAUCCUUAAACCAAUCCAGUUACCACACCAUUGAGACUGCCACAACACUGGUCACGUCUGUUUUUGAAGGAGCUGUAAAGAAUCUCCAUCCAAAGGAUGUUGAGAUUCUCGAGAGCAAACGUAAACAUCUCGUGGCUACAAUUGGACAACUUCAGCGUGAAUUUGAAAAACACAGCAUUCGGGUGCUGUCGAUGAUAGCUGGGGCUCUGGUUACGAUGCAGUCGUUACCUCCCAAACUCAAUCCAAUUAUUCGCCCUUUAAUGGACGCCAUCAAGAAAGAAGAAGACCAAGCGAUGCAACAACACGCUGCUCGUAAUCUAACCAGGCUUUUGGAAUUCUGCCUGAAUCGGACUCCUUGUCCAAAUUCGAAGAUUGUCAAGAAUCUUUGCUCCUUUGCAUGUAAUGAUCCUAGCGAGACCCCUGUUGUAGCUGUCAAUCCCCAGACACCCUCUGCGGCCACUGCUGCUCAGUCAACGAACGGAGACGCGGUCGAUAGUCGCUACUCUGGAAUUAUUACUCUGGCCAAACAGAAUGAAAGUAAGCCAGCGAACGCGACGUCGAAAAAAGAAAGUUCAAAACUUGCUGCCACCGACUUGCCCUCGUCAGUUAUUAAAAACUCGCAAAAAGACGAGGAGAACCAGAAGAACGUCAAACUUCAGAGAAAUGGAGCUGAGUUAACGUUGCGUAAUAUAACCAGACACUUUGAAGAACGAUUACCAGAACAGAUCACGGAACUCUGGAAUAUUAUGAUUGGUACUUUAGAAAGAAACCUGCAUAAUGUCCCUGAUCUUCAAGCACUGAGAGAAAAUGACUCGUCUGCUCAGGAGAUUGUCAACAGCUUACAACUUCUUGAAUUGUUGGCACCAUCGAUGAAUAAAACGUUACAGGAAAAGGUGUUCACGCUGAUCUCUUCCAUUCUACGAUGUCUGGAGCAUCCCUACAACAGCGUUCGUCAUAUGACCUCAAGAGUGCUGGGAACAUUGAGUACGGUGUUCACUUCAAGACUUGUGGAAGUCGUGUUAAAUAAAAUUGUUCCACUCCUCAAUGAUGUGAAUAACUCUGAUGGCAGAGAAGGCGCUAUCGAAACUAUAUAUUAUAUUACAAAUCGUCUCCAGGUGGAUGUUAUUCCUUACGUUAUUUUAUUAAUCAUACCAACACUGGGUGCGAUGAGCGACCAUUCCGAGCAUGUGAGGCUCUUGGCUGCUCAGUGUUUCGCCACAUUGAUAAGCCUGAUGCCUUUAGAGUCUUCGGCAAAGCCCGUACAGCUCUCGGCUUCUCUCAACGAAAAACGCGACGAGGAACGACAUUUUCUUAAGCAGUUGUUUGGCGAAACUAAGUUGGAUAAUUUUGUCGUUCCCAUUCCCAUCAAAGCCGAACUCAGAAAAUAUCAACAGGAUGGCGUCAAUUGGCUGGCGUUUUUAAGAAAAUAUAAACUACAUGGAAUACUUUGUGAUGAUAUGGGUUUGGGAAAAACACUGCAAACUAUCUGCAUCGUGGCUGGUGAUCAUCAGGAGAAGAAAGAGGCGUCUAAGCAGGAGGGAAGCAAUGUUCAACUGCUGCCAUCUCUCGUGAUCUGUCCGCCCACCUUAACAGGACAUUGGUGUUACGAAGUGGAGAAAUUUGUGGCGAAAGAACAUCUGAAUCCAUUGCACUACACAGGGCCACCGGGUGAAAGAUAUCGGCUAAGAGACAAAGUCAAGAAACACAAUCUCGUUGUUGCAUCCUAUGAUAUUGUUAGAAAUGACAGCGAUUUCUUCAAGUCUCUGUCAUGGAACUACUGUGUCUUAGACGAGGGGCAUAUAAUAAAAAAUGCGAAAACCAAGAUGUCUAAAGUGAUCAAGGAAUUAAGAGCAAGUCAUCGCUUGAUUCUGUCAGGAACACCCAUCCAGAAUAACGUGCUUGAAUUGUGGUCGUUAUUCGAUUUCCUCAUGCCCGGCUUUCUGGGCAGCGAGAAGAAAUUUCAAACUCAAUACGGAAAACCAAUCUUGAUGAGCAGAGAUGCCAAGUCCUCUUCGAAAGAACAAGAAGAAGGUGCCUUGGCAAUGGAGGGUUUGCAUCGCCAAGUUUUGCCAUUCUUGUUGAGAAGAAUGAAGGAAGACGUCUUGCAGGAUUUACCACCGAAAAUCAUCCAGGAUUACUACUGCGAGCUAUCACCACUACAGCUUCAACUGUACGAAGAUUUUGCGAAGAGCAAAGCGAAGCAAGACAUGGAGAACAGUUUAGCAGAGGAUGGGGAGAGGAAAGAAAAGAAGAAAGGUCCACCUCACGUCUUCCAGGCUCUUCAAUACUUGAGAAAAGUUUGCAACCAUCCAGCUCUGGUACUGACUGCAUCUCAUCCAGAGUACCAACGAAUCACAGCGCAGUUAAAACAACAAUCCACGUCACUUCACGAUAUCAGCAACGCCAGCAAACUGGUUGCUUUAAGACAAUUGCUUCAAGAUUGUGGUAUCGGUGUUUCGCACACGUCAGAUGAUGUUACAGACUCCGUAGUUUCCCAGCAUCGCGUUCUGUUGUUUUGCCAGUUCAAGAGCAUGUUGGAUAUCAUUGAACAAGAUCUAUUCAAGUGUCAUAUGCCAACUGUGACGUAUCUGCGUUUGGAUGGCAGCACCCCUGCUGGUCAGCGGCAUUCUCUUGUUCAAAGAUUCAACGAUGAUCCGUCCAUUGACGUUCUACUAUUGACAACACACGUCGGAGGCCUGGGUUUGAAUUUGACCGGUGCUGAUACCGUGAUCUUCGUUGAGCAUGACUGGAACCCAAUGAAGGAUGCGCAGGCAAUGGACAGGGCUCAUCGUAUUGGCCAGAAGAAAGUUGUUAAUGUUUAUCGAUUAAUAACAAGAGGAACAUUGGAAGAAAAAAUUAUGGGACUUCAGAAAUUUAAACUAAAUAUCGCCAACACAGUCAUCACGCAAGAGAAUUCAAGUUUUGCAGCGAUGGACACCUCACAAGUGUUGGACCUUUUCACAGUCGACAACAAGAAAGACAAAAAAGCCGCAUCAAACAAAUCUUCUGGCAAAGCGUCCAUGUCUGACGUUUUAGACAACUUGGGUGAGCUGUGGGAACAAGAACUUUACGAACAGGAAUAUGAUUUAAACAGUUUUAUAAAUAAACUGACAACGUAACAAAGAAUCCAAGACUAUUCUCAAGGUAUCUUCUUCAUAACCUUAAUUCAUUAAACGACCGUAAACUACAGGAUUGCAAUGCAUUUAAAGCUUCUGUGAGUGACACGUCAUUUCACCUCAAAUGUUUAUUUGCCCGUUUUUACGCUUGCGAUUUUUGCUGCGAUUUUCUUCUUUUGAUAGAUGUGAACGAGUAAUUAUUUACGAAUGCUCUCAUGUAUAAGAACUUUUAUUUGAACAUCAGUAACUGAUUCACUCGUUCACAUCUAUCAAAAGAAAAAAUCGCAGGCCUUACUUGCCUUACACAGCAGGCCUUAUAGGCCCGUCUUUUGAUAUAUGUGAACGAGUGAUUUAGUUACUGAUGUUCAAAUAAGAGCUCGUGCAUAUCAGAGCAUUCGAAACUAAUAACUGGCAUAAAGUCGCAGCAAAAAUCGCAAGCGUAAACGGAUCUUAUGACUGGGUUGUAAGUAUCGCUUGUACACUCGCCGGUGUCAUAAGUACUUUUAAGAAUUAAGAACUGUUUAAUUUCUACAGGCGAAACUGCAUGGUUCUGUAAAGUUCAAAAUGAUAGAACCAUUGGCAUUGUUCAGUAUGAUAGAACCAUUAUCCUGGGCGAAUUUAACCUUAGAAAAGAUGGCUUAUUUGAUCUUGAAGUCUGUCUUGUUUUUUUACUAAAAUUUGUUUUUAUACUCUAGUAGUAUAAAGCGUUACCGUUGUUCUGAAAAUUUAUUGCAGGAUUCGGAACUUCAAAUCGUUAGAAUUGAAACACUCAAUUAAUCGCUAAAUAUGGGAAGA